CUUGUAGUGAACGAUAACAACAUACAGUAAUACUUGAACUCGGGUGGCAUUAUUGUUCGCAAAGCAUUUCUCUUACCAGAUUCCGUCUAAACCGCCCUGUUGCGCAUUGUACGAAUGGGCUUGGCCCUGAGCAAAGAUCUGCGUUUCCUCUCCACCACUUCGAUUCCCGGACGUUGAUAUUGACUCUCAACUCUGCUAUCUUAGGCCCUUAGCAUUUGCUUCAAGCAUCCUAACUCCAAGCAGACAUAUUCCACCGCCCUAGCCGCGCAAAGACAGCAAUUGAACGACUUCAUCUGCCCCAACGGACUCUACCUGCGCUCUCAGAUGUACGGGGAAAGUCCCUCAUCUACACGUUACAUUGAUAGUUGUUGGCUCUGAAAGAGCCCCGGAGUUCGAAGAACAGGCGAUCGUCAGAGAUAUCUCAUAUGGCUACCAUUGCUCAGAGCCCGAUCUCCCAGACAACGACGGUAACAAAUGGCGACAUGCAGGAUCUGCCCCCGCCAGCGGCUACGGGCAAGAAGGCCAAACCGAAGAAGGACAAACAAUUGAGUGCGGAAGAGAAUGCGAAAUUGAUCCAGGCACGAUUAUCACAGCUUGAACAAGAAAAGGCUGGAGAGAAGAGCCAACAAGCAGAAGUUGACCGAGAAGUCAAGAAGGCUCAACGAGAUCUCAACGAGUUGAUCAAUAGCGUAGAAGGACAUUCUGGACAGCUCGAGCUUGCGAAAAGAAAAUAUGAAGAGCUUUUGCGAGACAUGGAGAAGAUGAACCGAGAAUACCAACGGACCAAAAAGCGCGCAGAUCAACUUCAAAAAGACCAGGAGAAGUCAAAGUCUGAGCAUAGCAAGACCGCAACAAUGAAGGACAAACUAGAAAAGCUUUGCCGAGAAUUGACGAAGGAAAACAAGAAACUCAAGGACGAGAACAAGAAACUUGAAGAGACAGACAAACGGGCCCGCGAAAAUAUCAAUGACAGACUCGAUCAGAUGUUGUACGACGUUCAAGAAGUGAUGAACUCUAAGCCGGGUACACAUUCUGAGAAUCUGCAUCUUGAGUUGGACGAACUAUUCAGGACGCGGUGCAAAGUACUGGCAGAUCAAGCAGAAAUCCGAGAGCUGCAUUUCAAAGCAAUACUUCGACAUAAAGACGCUGAAAUCGCUCAUCUACAAGCAAAGCACGAGGUCGAACGUCGAAGAGCCGAUGCAGAAGCUGGACGGUGCCGGCAGCUCACUAAUCAGGUUUCUACGUUUUCCCAUACAGAAGCGGAGUUGCGCAGCCAGCUCAACAUCUACGUCGAGAAAUUCAAGCAGGUGGAAGACACGCUCAACAACAGCAAUGAGCUGUUCAUGACAUUUAGGCGAGAGAUGGAAGAAAUGUCCAAGAAGACGAAGCGACUCGAAAAGGAGAAUGCCACGUUGACUAGGAAGCAUGACCAGACGAAUCGCAAUAUCCUUGAGAUGGCCGAGGAGCGAACUAGAGACAAGGAGGAUCUGGAACGGCUUAGAAAGCAGGAAACCCAGAUGCGAAACAUCAUCAAGAGUAUGCAAGAGCAAGGCCGCGGUCCGCCUGUGCAGCAAGAGCUUGUCGAGUCCAGUGAGUACGACGAGGAGGACGAGGAAGGGUAUGGUGACGAAGACGAAGAAGACGACGAUAUUAGUUACGAAGACGAGGAAGAAUCGGCCGCCGAAAUCACGAAGCCUGUAUUUGGACCGGUGCCUCCGCCAGAGAUGGUGGCAAACAAAGCUAAUGGCCAGAAAGCAGCCGCCUUGGUUAACGGCGCCCAACAUUAAAGGUAGCCUGGCGCAGCUGCGUUGGUAUUUUUGGUGGUGCAUUACAUAUUCGCAUCAGGGUCGUUCUUACUGUAAAGGAUGCUUUGUUGCGCCCGCCCAUAGCUUGAAUGGCGAUCAGUGUAUCUGUAUGAAUCCAAUUGUCCCUGACCAAGCACCCAAGCACCGAGUGUCCCUAUAGUCUACUUCGCGGACCC